AUGGCGGAUCAAACCGACCAAAUUGAGAACACGUACAGACGCCUACAGGACCAUAUCGACAAAUUGUCUAUCAGCCAGAACAGUAUUAUAACAAAAUUUGACGUUUUGAGUAAAAAUGUCGACGAAUUAAGAAGAAUUUUAAAUCUGUUUUCGGAUAAAAUUACGUGUUUCGAUGAAUUAAUGAUAGACAGGCGGAAAAUUAAUACAGAUUUUAAGUUGUUAAAGGGUAAAGUAGAUGAGCUUUUUGCGAUUGUGAAAGAAGGAAAAGAUGAAGAGUCCGCGCGUAGUGACGAUGUUCAAGACAUUGAUUCGUGUCAUUCUGGAUUUUCUUGCUCAUCUAAGGUUACCAUGACAACCGGGCUGGACCGCGACACGAUACGCGCUGCAUAUGAAGACGUGAGAGCCGACACUACGCCUACGGAAUGGGCGGUGUUCAAGUUCGAGGGCGCGCGCAUCGUGUGCUCGGCGCGCGGCAGCGACUUCACAGAGUUCCGAACACAGUUCUCCGAUGAUGACCGUGCAUUUGGUUACCUCAGGGUGCAGAUGGGCGAUGAGAUGUCGAAGCGCCGGAAGUUCCUGUUCGUGACGUGGGUGGGGCCCAAUGUGUCCGUCAUCAACCGCGCCAAGAUGUCCACCGACAAGGCCAUCAUCAAGGACAUCAUCUCCAACUUCGCUGUGGAGCUCCAACUGGAAAGUCAAGCUGAAAUAGAUAUCGAUCAAUUUAAAGACGCCCUGAACAGGGCGGGCGGCGCCAACUACGGCACCGGCGUCAGGGAUUUA